GGCUGAGCAGCGAUUCUGACUAAUCGUUCCACCUUAUUUCACCUUGGUCAAAACAUAGUAAAUAAUUACAUCACAAAUGUCAAACGUUGUUGAAGAAUCGAAAAAAUUGUAAACAUCCAUCAGGAUAUCUAAUUGAAAGUCCUACAUUAACAAACAUGUUCCACAUGUUGAAGCGUUGCAUCGGAACUUCGGCCGCAGUUGCUGGAAAACACAACUUCCGCAAGUUUUUACUAUACAACAAGCGAGGAACGCGCGUGUUCAAAAAACUGCGUGCCGCCAAUCCCCAACUCUAUCCAGACAUGCCGAUUGAUAAACGUGGAGUACGAGACACUGGGGUAUCUCGCAACGGUCAGUAUAUUGAAAUUCCAGAAAAGAUCCCCGAACUGGUUGUGCCGAAUCUUGAUGGUUGUAAGUUCAAGCCAUACGUAUCAUAUCGGGCACCGGACGUGGUUCAGUCGGAAUUUACCAGCCAAGAUCUGUUCAAUGCCCUAUACGCACAAAAAAUCAUCGAUGAUUUCAGCAGUGGAAAAUUGGAAGAAGAUGGUUCGCCAAAGGAAUCAUCGACGGAAGAAUCGCAAACGCCAGAUGAAGCAUGGACUAAGGCACGAAAAACGGGCUCUGACAUGUUUUAGGUUGAAAUAGAUUUUAUUGUGUAGAGUGAUGAAUAAAUGGCCGUUUAAAGCA